GUCAAAAUUGAAAGGAAGAGGAGGCGUCGACUCGUACUAUUUUACAAUCACAAAUUAAAAAUUACUAGAUUUCAUCUUUUACAAAAUGAUUCGUUUUAUUCUCAUCCAAAACCGAGCGGGUAAAACUAGAUUGGCAAAAUGGUACAUGAACUUCGAUGAUGACGAGAAACAGAAGUUAAUCGAGGAGGUGCACGCUGUAGUCACCGUCAGAGAUGCGAAACAUACUAAUUUUGUUGAAUUCAGGAACUUCAAAAUCGUGUACAGAAGGUAUGCAGGGCUGUACUUUUGUAUAUGCGUGGAUGUGAAUGACAAUAACCUGUGCUACUUGGAAGCUAUUCACAAUUUUGUUGAAGUUCUGAAUGAAUACUUCCACAAUGUCUGUGAACUGGACCUGGUGUUCAACUUCUACAAGGUCUACACUGUAGUGGAUGAGAUGUUCUUAGCAGGAGAGAUCAGAGAGACGUCACAGACUAAAGUCCUGAAGCAGCUCCUUAUGCUCAACUCCUUAGAAUAAAAUCUUCAAAUCAUGUUGCUGUGGAGGUGGCCGAGACAAAGUUAUUGCAGACAUGAAGUCUAUGACAGUGGCCAUAAGUAGCAUUGCUCAUUUACCAUCAAGAGAUCUGCCAUCUAUGUCUGCUAUGAAAAAAAAUGAGUCAAUCUCAUGAAAUGGUCUACAACGCAAGAUAUUAAAUAGUUAAGUUGCUGUGGAUUCGAGUCUGUCUUCAAUAAUCUUGGCUAGUUCUACAUUUAGUGUAAUUUGUACUGUAUUCAUGUUCAGUGUUGCUAUGGUAGAGAAUACUAAGUAUAAUAAAAUAUUUUUAGUACUUCCUGGCAUUUAACUCUCUAGUUUGAUACCUAGGUUGAGUAUAAUGUCAUUGUCAUAGCCUUGCCAGUAGGUGCUAUAAAUAUAAAUAGUAUUUAUAACAUAGUAACAUUGAUAAGUAUUUAAAUAUUCACUGUUACAACAUUAUAUUGUUACUAAAUAAGAUUGUAUAAAGAAUACUCAUUCAUUCCAUCUUGUAGGAACACAUUAUAUUAUAGACAGUUUCAAAUAUAUAUUGUAGACGUAAUAUUAUGUAGGCGAGUGGGAAGAUAAUGUGUUACAUUAAUAAAUGUAUGACAUUUUCUAAUUACUUAUAAUUAUGUCCAAAAGGAGCUAUCAAUGUAUAAACAGCACUAGUAGGUGUUAAAUUGGAAUAAUUUCUCGCGAUCUUAAGGAUUCUAUCAUUCUAAAUGGCUUAGUUCUAGCGUACGGCGCGUCGCGUUUCGCGCGCGCCUCAAAGAGCCAUUA